CGAAAGCAGAGGACGGGCCGCGACGAGGCUGGCGGAAGCUGGAACUGUUCCUAGCCGGCCUUGCUCCCUCUGCGGCGCGCGGGACGAUGUGACGCGACGCCACGCGAGGAGCCGACCCGACCCGACCCGCGGCGGGGCUGUCCCGGAGCAGCUCCUGCCGCUGCGCAGCGCGGGGGGCCUGGGCCUGCCUGGUAGGUUGUUGCUGACAAUCAGAAAUUCCCUCUUAAAGCUGUGUAAAUGAGAAUGUCCCUGGCUCAGAGAGUGCUGCUCACAUGGCUUUUCACGUUACUCUUCUUGAUCAUGUUGGUGUUAAAACUGGAUGAGAAAGCACCAUGGAACUGGUUUCUUAUAUUUAUUCCAGUCUGGAUUUUUGAUACUAUUCUUCUAGUUAUGUUAAUUGUAAAAAUGGCUGGACGUUGCAAGUCUGGCUACGACCCGCGCAAUGGCUCCCAGAACAUUAAGAAAAAAACCUGGUAUGUCAUUGCAAUGCUGCUUAAAUUAGCCUUCUGCCUUGCCCUCUGUGCUAAACUGCAACAAUUCACCACCAUGAAACUAGCAUACGUAUUUAUUCCCUUAUGGGCCUUACUCAUUGGAGGCAUGAUCGAGCUCGGAUAUAACAUCUUCUACGUACGAAGAGACUAAGUUGUUACAACUGUUUUUUUUCAAGCCUGUCAGUGAGUGCCACCAAAAUUACUGGACCAUCAUAGCUUGCUUCAGCCUCAAGUUCCAUACAAAAAACUGCAGCUAAGAUAAUGGUCAUAAGUUAGAGAGUUUAUCUGGACCAGUCGGGGGACAUAAAGUGGAUUUGCUCCAUUUUUUCUAUCACAGACAUGUUCAUGUAAAUAAAGUUACACUUGACUUCA